AUGUUAAGUCCUCUAGCAGUCCAAGAGACAGAGAAACAGCAGGAAUCAGGAGAUGAAGUGGGAUUCAAUGAGCCUCAGAAGGAGGAAUAUUUCAGGAAGAGAAUCAGUGACGAGCAUCAAGCCAGCAGAAUCAUCUCACACAUCAGAAGAGCAAGAAGCCUCCACAUCAUGUGCCACAUACCCGUCUUCUGCUGGAUCUCAUCCACUGUGCUUCAGAAGCUCCUGAAAGAAGAUCUGAGUGCAGAAAUCCCUCAAACUCUGACUGAAAUGUACAUCCACUUCCUGCUGAUUCAGAUAAACAUGAGGAAUCAGAAAUAUGAAGUGAGGAAUCCAGAGAAACUCCUGCAGUCCAACAGAGAAGUGAUUGUGAAACUUGCUGAAGUUGCUUUCAAUCAGCUGAUGAAGGGCAAUGUGAUGUUCUAUGAGGAGGACCUGAGAGAGAGCGGCAUAGACCUCACUGACGCCUCAGUGUAUUCUGGGAUUUGCACUGAGAUCUUUAAGGAGGAAUCUGUGAUUCAUCAGAAGAAAAUCUACAGCUUCAUUCAUCUAAGCAUUCAGGAGUUUCUUGCUGCUUUUUAUGUGUUUUACCAUUAUGUAAUAAAACAUGUUGAUACAUUGCAGUUUAUUGAUGUAGUGCAUAAUCUACUUAGAAGCACAGUAGAUAAAGCCAUUGAAAGUGAGAAUGGAAACAUGGAUCUGUUCCUGCGAUUCCUGCUGGGAGUCUCACUGGAGUCCAAUCAGAGACUCUUACAGGAUCUACUGACACACACAGAGAACAGCUCAGAGAGCAUCAGGAGAACCACAAAGUACAUUAAAGAGGAGAUCAAAGAUGGACAUGGACUCUCCACUGAAAGAUCCAUCAAUCUGUUCCUCUGUCUGCUGGAAGUCAAAGAUGAGACUCUGUUCAGAGAGAAUCGGGAGUUUGUGAAAUCAGACAAAUGCUCAGUGAAGAAUCUCUCUCCUGCUCACUGCACAACAAUCACCUACAUGCUUCAGAUGUCAGGGGAGCUGCUGGAUGAGCUGGACCUCAAGAAAUACAACACAUCAGAUGAGGGUAGAAGAAGACUGAUACCAGCUGUGAUCAAUUGCACAAAAGCCCUUCUUGUUAGCUGUAAUCUCAACAAACAGUCAUGUGAAAUCGUGUCAUCAGCUCUACAAUCCUCAAACUCUGUCCUGAGAGAGCUAGACUUGAGUAACAAUGACCUACAUGAUUCAGGAGUGAAGCUGCUUUCUGAUGGACUGAAGAGUUCAAACUGUCAGCUGGAGAUACUGAGGUUGUCAGGCUGUAUGGUGACAGAGGAAGGCUGUGGUUAUGUGUCUUCAGCUCUGAGUUCAAACCCCUCACACCUGAGAGAGCUGGAUCUGAGCUACGAUCACCCAGGACAAUCAGGAGUCCAGAUGCUUAAUGACAAACUGCAGGAUCCAAACUACAAACUGCAGAUACUCAAAUUGGAUCAUGGAGGGCCCUUCAGGAUAAAACCAGGACUACAAAAAUAUGCCUGUGAUCUCACACUGGAUCCAAACACAGCACACACUCAACUCAUCUUGUGUGAGGGGAACAGGGAGAUUAAAUAUGUGAAAGAUCAUCAGCCGUAUCCUGAUCAUCCAGAGAGAUUUGCUAAUAAUCCUCAGGUUAUGUGUCGAGAGCGUCUGACUGGACGCUGUUACUGGGAGGUUGAAUGGGGCUUCAGGGAGGUUGAACAGGGCUCUUGGGCUCGUAUAGCAGUGGCCUAUAAAGGAAUCAGCAGGAAAGAAGGGACUGUCUGUAAGUUUGGAUACAAUGACAAAUCCUGGUGUCUUUUCUGCACUAGUAAUGGAUUUGUUGUCUGGCACAAUAAUGUCAGCUAUAACAUACCAACCCAUGCACCAAAAUCUAACAGAGUAGGAGUGUAUGUGGAUGUGCCGGCCGGCAUUCUGUCCUUCUACAGUGUCUCUGACACACACACACUCACACACUUACACACAUACAACACAUCAUUCACUGAACCCCUCUAUGCUGGUUUUAAGGUUUUUGAGUCCAAACUGUCUCUGUGUCAGAUUUAACAAACACAGGCUUACAUGCCAAGGUAGAUUAGUAAAGAUGUAAUGGAGUACAGUUGUAACACUAAAUAUUUCCUUUCGCAAGUUGAACAUUCACACUGUAAUGGGAACAGUUCUCAAAAAGUUAUUUUGUUAUAAAAGCAUCUAAAUUGAAAAAAAUCCGAUAUUUAUUCUGGCCAGCAUUUGUCCAAAACAGCAACAAAAAAAUAAAAUAAUAAUAAUAAUUAAAAAAAUACAACUGUACUGAAUCUACUCAAUUCUCUGUCCCUUCAUUAGGUGCUGAAAUGUUAUUGUACUUUAUUUAUAACAUUUGGUUGUAAAAUGGUCAGGGUAGGGUGUUGUGAAAAACCAAAAAUAUGCUAUAAUAAAAGUUUUAAUAUAUGGCAACAAGUCACUAUACAUUUCCACUCCCUCCACCCUGAAUUUUCAUUAAUUAAUUGUCUGCAAGAGUCAUACCACCACUUUGUACAAAUCAUUGUGGACGUCUUAUUUAUUAACAUACAUAUUAAUUCAUUUUCAUCUAUUUUAUGUAUUUAUUUAAUAUUACUUUUAAUUGUUGCUUAAAUUAAGAUAAAUAAAUUGAUUAGAAUCAGCAAAUAAUUAUGUAUUCUCUCUCAUUUGGCCUGAU